UUUUUUAUUUAAAAUAUUUUUAAUAUCGUUUUUUUUAUAUUUAUUAAUAUGGUCAUUAAUUAGAUCAUUGGUUAUUUAAUGAUUUUUUGCAUGUUUUUAAUUUAUUAAUUAAACUAUUAUUAUACUUUAUUUUUUUAAUGUAAAACAUAAUAUAUCAAAUAAAUAUUAAAUGAUAACAUUUGGCUAACGUUUUACGAAAUCAAUUGGUGAUAAUCGCGAAAUUCAUUGGUUGAAAUACGUUGUUAUAUUCUUCAAAUGGAUACGUAAAUGUGUAAUUGAUGGCUGCCAGUUGUAACAGGUCGUAAACUCAUCGUAUAAUAAUGAGUCAAGCUAACGGAGCAUUGAGGUGUUUAAAGUUAUGAAACGAGAUGUAAAAGGCACACACAAGGUGUUCAAAAAGUAAUCAUCAAUGUUGUUGCGUAAACGCUAUCGCAAAAUAAAAGAAAUUUUAUAUUAAUCUCAAACAAAAACCUUCAAAAUUACAAAUUGUUACGAAUUGUUGGGUAAUCAUUCUACCACAUAAGCCGUACUACUAACGACCACAAGAAUCAGCCGUUACGCUUGUAAUAGCAAAUUAACUUUGUUAUAAUUUGGCGUUAAUUAACGAAUUCUAAUUGUCUGUCAAAAUAUAUACAUCAUAGCAUCAUUAAUUCAUGUAUUGCCAAUUAACAAAUACAUAGUUAAAAAAUUGUCCUUCAAAAUUAUUUAAUAUUUUUUUAUUCUUUGAUUAUAAAUUAAAUUAAAAAUUAUUUAAAAAAUUAAGAUUGUUCUAAGUGGAAUUAGAAAAACUAGAAAAUAAGAUAAAAGACUCUUGAAGUAAAAGAUAGCAAACACGUACGACAAAUACUUGCUUUUUUUAAUUAAUGCAGGAAAUGUAACAAAUUUGUACCAUUAUUAGCCUUUUCAAAAUGCGCGUACGUAAACAAUUUUGCUUCUAUAAAAAUAUUUGAUGACAUCUGUAUUAUUUUUCUCGGAUAAUUUUACAAUCCCUCGAGUGUGAAAACCGAUCACAUUUCAGAAUGUAAAAAAUUCGUAGGGUUCAGCGAUUUUAUGUAUACGACAUAUCUUAUGAUAUUACGAACUGAAGUCAUGUCAGUCUCAGGCAAACUACAGUAAGAGCAACAAGAGACCACGAUGUUUUUAUAUCAAAAAUUAUUCUUAAUGAUAAUCUCGUUGACAAGUAUCACACUUGCCGACAUUCAACUUAAUUAUGAACAUCAAUCCAAUAGCAAUUCACGUUAUUCUACUCUUCCACAAUACAAGAUAAUACCCCACCAGAAUAGAAGAUCGCGUAGGUCCGAUCCUAUAAGCCCCAAAUUCAGUGAAUCUGCAAUUCCUGCACAUGACAUGAUCAAGAAGUCGCCGUUAACCGACACCAAGCAUCCUACAAUCGACUCAUUACUUCCAGAACACGAACCUAUGGAUACUAAUGAUAAGCGUUUGGAGAACCGUCAAAUCAGGAAUGAUAUGAUGAUGCCUGUAUACGACCCAUAUUCGAGUAUGUCAUUUCCCGUAAAUUAUCUGUACUACAACCCAGACGAAAUGCAACAAGUGCAAGAAAGUUCAUACUAUCUUUACCCUGAACGUGCAGAACUAAUGACAAGAGCGUCUCAGGGAAAUGAACUACGUUAUAGAACUCAAGAUAAUUUACAUCACCUUCCGAACAAGCCUUCUAUAAGAUCAAAUCCUCCGAUGGAAACUGCGUCGGAUAAUUAUCAUAACAAAUACCGAGGGGCAUUAUUUGGGCCGAAUUUACAAAAAAAUUUAAUAUAUUACCUGCGAGAUAGAACCUAUGAUAGAUGCAUUUACAAUCUAAUAGAAGACAUAUCAAGUUAUUUUAAAGGAGAACAAGAGUACCAAGGCAUGCAAGGCAUGCAAGGCCUACAAGGCGUACAAGGCUACAUACAAAGAUUUCGAAAAUAAGCUUUACAGAAAAUCACAAGUAUGAACGUGAUGAGCAUGUCUAACCCUAAACAAGAUACGAUCGAAUUGAUUCCUUACUACUUUAAAUAUUAUCAGAAACUAUUUUGAUUCGCCGAUAAUUAUUAUACAUUUACACAAUAUCCAUAACUUUACUUAACCCAUAUGCAAAAUCGAUAAAAUAAUGAGCAAUUAUCCAGUA